AUGACUUGUCUUUCUAAAAAAAGAGAAAAAAAAAAGAAAAGCCAAACUUCAAAAUUUCUAGUAUUUCAUAUUUCAUCAAUGAGAUCACAUAGAUUCCAUCUUGAACCGAAACAUUUUAUCUAUUCACAUUUUCAGUUUUUUGUCUUUCCUGACACUGACCUAAGUAAAUCAAAUGUACAAAAUGGAUUGUUAUACUCUGACGAUGCAGUACAAUUAAAGUAUUAUACAAAUGAAUUUCCGAAAUGUCCAAUUUGUUUAGAAGAUGUUGUGAUGCCACGUUUAACUUCAUGUGGUCAUAUGUAUUGUUGGAGAUGUUUAUUACAAUUUCUUGUGCUAUGUCCAGCGCCACAUAAAUGUCCAGUUUGUAAUGCUCUAAUUUAUUCACCAUUUACAAUUUGUGAUAUUGUUAUUCAACCAUCCAUUCAACUUGGAGAUAAAAUAACAAUGCAAUUACUUAAAAUUCCUAAUGGAUUUACUAUCCCAUCUCUUGUUCCUGGAGAGACUAUAACAUCAGUACCUACAUCAAAAUGCAAUAAUUCACGAUUUUAUCAUGUUGUAAUAGAAGAUGACCCACUAUCAGUAUUAGCUAAAGAAAGUGUAAAAGUAAUUUUAGAAAUGAAGAAACCACAAGAUGAUGAAUAUAGGCUUUACUAUAAUAUGAUGAAAGAAGAACUUAGUGAUUUAAAGAAAGAAUGGAAUGAUAGAUUGAUACGAAAACGAUAUUCAAUUAAUCCAAAAGAUUGGAAUUAUUAUUAUCAAGACUCGCUUGGAAGAGAUAUUUAUUUAACUUCAUUUAAUCUUUCUAUGUUAAUGGAAAAUCCAACGAAAUUACCAACAUUUACAUCAAAAAUUCUUCAAAUAGAUGAAGAAGAUGCAGGAGUAGGAGAACGAAAGUUAAUAAAAUCUUAUCAGCACAUUCCUAGAGGAACAGAAAUAAAACUUAUUGAAGUUGAUAUGAAUGGGUUAGUAAAUAACAGUGUAAUGAGCAAAUAUAUUCAAAUUAUAAAUAAAAGAAGUAACGCUCGUCAACGAAAAAUUAAAAUAGAAAAGUUACAAAAAGAAGAAGAAAGAAGAAAAGAAGAACAACGAGUUGCUGAAUUAAAAAGAAUGAAUGAACAUUACAUUUAUUUAGAAGAAGAUUAUGAAUUACAUAAAGAAGAGAUAGAAAUGAAAUAUUUCCCGUCAUUAGGAAAUAAUGAUAAAAUUAUUACGAAGAAACAAAGAAAAAAAGAACCUUUAUUCCCUUCUCUUGGACCUUCAUCAACAUCUUUAAUGAAUGCAAAUAAUACUAAUCCUACUCUUCAACAGUCUCAAAAACAAAAUGUUCCAAAAGAAAUCAAACAACAAACGAACAUUUCUUCAAAUCCUUCUAGUCAAAAAAAAUCACAAAAAACAAGUAAAAAAGUAAAAAAAUCAAGAAAAAAUAAAAAAAUUUUAGGAAAUGAAUUUCUUGGAGUGUUUAGUGAAGAAAUACCAACAAUAGAAGAUAUGGAAGAUUAA